UUUCCACCUUCUUCUGAAAAGCGACUUUGUUUGAGCCCAGCCCCGUUUCUGAUUGGCCGGCUCGCCGAGUGGGCGGAGCUCUGUGUCCUGGCUCCAUCCUGCUCCAGCUGUUUUUGUUCAGUCUGUUUUUUUCCCCUUCUGGAGUUCCACAAUGAAGAUCACACUGUUGAGCAUCACCGUGAUCAUCGCACUCCUGAUGGAGGUCCGUGCUGACAUCCAGCCGCAGAAGAACUUUGACCUGAAGAGGUUCGCAGGUCGGUGGUACCGUGUGGGCUUGGCGUAUAACUCCCCCAGCUUCACUCGGCACAGGAACAAGCUGACCAUCUGCAUGGGUGUAGUGGAGCCCAAGGAGAACGGAGAUGUCCAGAUGACAGUGUGGAAAAGCAAGUCGUCCAUCUGCCAGAAAGAAGUCUACAAAUAUGAGAAGACGUCUGUACCUGGCGUGUUCACCUACUUUAGCACACGACACAGCAGGGUGAAGGACAUCACUGUGGUGGAAACUAACUACAGCGAGUUUGCUGUGAUUUAUAAACACAAGAAGUUCAACAGGGAAUUCACUCAGGUGUCUCUGUACAGUCGUAGUCAGAAGUUGAGACCAGAAUUGAUUGAGAAGUUUAAAAAAUACGCCAUGCAGCAUGGCUUCCCUGAAGAGUCCAUUAUAAUUCCGCCACCAGCAGAUAACUGUCCACUCACACGCCACUGAUGUGGUGUUGGAUCACAGCACAGCAUGAGUGAGAUGAGCCUCAGACUGAAUGUUGUCUACAGAGAUGAGUGAGUCUGGACCAUGAGGCUCGAUCAGAACAACAGGAUCUCAAUCAGCUGUUAAUGUUAAUAAAGUUCCGGUGUCUGUG